AUGAAAUCACUCAAUCCCCAACUCCGCAAAAAGGGCCUGGAGAUGGUUCUUGAGGAAACCGUCGACCCGGGGCUGGGAACCGUCUACACUUUCCAGUCGGUCAAACCGGGCAUGACGAACAACGACGUGGCGUACCGCUUGUGGUAUGCUGGAGAGGUGUUCAAGUGGAGUGCGACGAGGAGGAAGGCCAUUGACAAGGCCGCGAAGAAGAUCAAGGCUCGGGAGGAGAAGGAAGGAAAGGAGAGGAAGCGCGCGGCGAGUUCAAGUGCGAGGGCGAGUUCAACGUCGGGUUCUAGCUCCGGGGCGAGCUCAAGUGGGAGCGGUGAGGAGUGA